AGAGCGACGGAGAGACGAGAGUGAGAACAUGACAGGGCGCGCAAAAAGAAAACCCAAAUCACUUCAGGAGUCAGACUCAACCAAUGGAGAGGUGAAGAAGGCCCGAAGUGAAGAGUCCAAAGCUGCACCGUUGUCGGGAGUGACGUCGGAGCAACGUGAUGAAAUGGUGCAGCUGUAUGGUUUUCAGAUGCCAGAAGAUCUGUACCACUUCUGGGAUUUCUGCAAAGAGUGUUGUCCUGCCAACCCCCGUGGUGCACUGAAGGACACGCUGGAUUUACAGUUGGUUGGUCCCUUUGAUGUUUUGGCCGGAGCUCACAGAAACUCUAAAAACACCGAGCCUAACUUCCAUCUUCACUGGAGGUAUUUUUAUGACCCCCCAGAGUUUCAGACUUUACUGCAGGGAAGUGAGGACAGCCAGCAUCACAUGGGCUACUACAGAGAUACUCCAGACUCCCUUCCUGCAUUUGUUGGGGAAAAUGAAGCUAAGAAAGGCUGCACUAUAAAACAGAUGGGGGAUAACCUGUUUGCGGCUGUUUACUUAUAUUCGCUGAGGAAGAGGAAAGAGAGGAGUGGUAACAAAGCAGAGCUCGAGGCUUGGAAAGACCUGGAGGCAAAGCUGAGGGGCAAAGCUGAGACGCUCGGCUUUUCUUUAGAGCAGAAGACCAAAGGCAUGAAGCAGAGGGACAAGAAGGUGGUCACCAAGACAUUCCACGGUGCUGGCAUCGUUGUACCUGUAGACAAGAAUGAUGUAGGAUAUAGAGAACUGCCGGAAACAGACGCUGGUCUCAAGAAGAUCUGUAAAGCAAUUGUAGAAGCACGCAACGAUGAAGAGCGUGUCAAAGCCUUUGGACCGAUCCAGGAGAUGAUCACCUUCGUUCAGUUUGCUAACGAUGAGUGCGACUACGGAAUGGGCUACGAACUGGGAAUAGACCUCUUCGCUUACGGAUCGCAUUACUUUCACAAGGUUAUCAAGCAACACCUGCCCAUGGCCUACAACUUGCUGAAAAGGAAUUUGUUUGGUGAAAUUUUGGAGGCCCACCUUUCCAGCCGUAGCCAUGACAACCUAGACCAGCUGUCUGCACAUUAAAAAAAAAAAAAAAAAACACUCCGAAGUUUCCGUUCUGGUCCAUAAGCUUUCCUCCCAUGUGUCCUUGUCCUCUGUCGUCAUGUUUUUGGUGCUGUUGCCACUUAUGGGAACCCCUUCAUCGAUUCUUUUGUUUGUAAAAUCUAAUGUCUAAUAAAGCUUUUUUUAUAUUUUUA